GUUCUAAACAAGCGCCGAUCGCCCAGCCAGUCAGUAGUCCCACCUUCCGAUUCGAACGUCUGACUGUCGACGGUACCGCGCGCGCGGCGAGCUUGAAUUGUUGCUAGAAAUUGUCGCGGCAGUGCUGUGCUAACAGGUGUUAAAGAAAGUGUCGGUAUCUCCAGUUAUCCGAGAAAAAAAAGUCCGUCUAAUGAUGACAGAGACGGUGGUAACCGUGCAGGAGGCCCCCAACAACAAUGCUGCGCCCAACAAGCAACAAACCGCCUCCGCUGACUCCCCGUUGUCGUGGAUCAAACUUAACGUGGAUUAUUUCAAGACGACCCCUGGGGUACUGAAAAUCGUCGAACUUAUUCUGGGCAUCCUAUGUAUGUCUUUGGCGUCGCCAGCCUACCACGGAGGUGUACAUUUCUUUCUGUUCGUUGCAACGACGAGCUUCAUCGGUACCUUGAUAUGGGUGUUCAUAUAUCUGUUGGGCAUCAGAGAGGCCAUUAGUUUUCCCAUAAACUGGAUAUUAACAGAAUUGCUAAAUACAGGGAUAUGUGCAGUGUUCUACAUCAUAGCCUUCAUAGUAGAGCUGAUAGUGUCCAUCGCUCACCUUCACGGAUCGUAUAUUGCAGCUGGGGUGUUUGGCCUGCUCAACGCCGCCGCAUACUCAUUUGCCACCUACCUCCUCAAUGUGGAGCACAAGUCCAGCAGGGCAGCGAACUAAUUUAUUUCCUCACCGUUACUUUUAAGGAACAUUUUGUACUGUAUAGUCCAAACCACUAGGGUCUAGCUUUCGAGUCGGACCAGACAACACUGUCAAUUAUAUGUGUAACAAAAAAA